AUGCUGUUACUAUCUCUUACACUCUUUUUUUCUUCUUGGAACACCUUCGUUUACGCUGGCAGUCAAUCCAAAGGCGAAAACUGCACCAUUGGUAACAACCGCCUCCAAUUCGGCACAUAUCAAUUUCAUAGCGAUUGCGACGCACAAACAUACUGCUCGUCGCAGGGCACUUGUGAACUGAAGGGCUGCAGAAAGGACCAAUAUCCAUUUGGAUAUCUACCAGAUGCCUACAUACCACCAAGAUGUCCUUCUGGGCAAUUUUGUCCCGACGAGAGCGAUGCGUGUCAGCCUUGGCUACCUGUUGAUAGUCCAUGCCAGCUGAAUCGUGAUGACCAAUGCGAGCCGCCUCCAAAUUGGCAGGAAUUGGCUGAUACCUCACAGUGGGCAAAUGUCACGGUCGGCCAGCCUUGUGAAGUCGAGAACACUGCCUACGUCGCUUAUGCGGGAACUAACGAGUUCGUUGAUAUCGUGUCACGAGGCAACUGUCAAAUUGGAUCGUAUUGCGACUCGCAGUCGUUGGUUUGCAUCAAGACAAAGCAACUCGAGGAGACCUGUGAUGCAGACAAAGAAUGUUUGUCAUUUAACUGCUUGAAAAAAGGCGUUUGUGGUCGAGGUGCUGACUCGCCAAAACACUUUGGGAUCUGGGUGUAUGUCAUGGUCGGAGUUGGUAUCUUCGGAGGCAUGUUUGCCACUCUAAUUGCCUUGUUUCUGAUUCACCGCCGUCAACGCGACCAGGAACGUGAGAAGCGCCUCCAGUACUGGCUCGAACAGAAUGCCUUGCGUCAGAGCAUUAUGCAAAUGAAGGAAAUUGCUCGCACCUCCAUCUUGUCUCUCGGCAACGGCAACAGCAACCGGAGCACAGUAUGCAGUCGCGCUGGAUCGGAAGAGUCGUCGACGCCGAUGAUCCAGCACUCGGUCCACAAGUCGAGCGGGCUGCGACAGCAAUGCCUGUCAGAUGAUAACGGGCGCGAAUAUGAUUAG